GGUUUCUAUCGUGUUUGGUAUGAUGCAGAUACUUGGGCACCCAUCUUGAAUCAACUUCAAGACGACCCACUCGUUUUUGAUGAACUCACUAGAGCACAGUUUCUAUCGGAUGCAAUCGCAUUGCAACAGAGAGGAUCUCUGGAUUGGAACAGAGUUAUGGAUAUAGUUGCUACGCUGCAGAAAGAAGGUGAGUUGGCCGCAUGGUACACAUUCAAACCGACGUUGGAGCUCUUCAUGGAGAUGUUCCAGAAUACGGAUGUUUGGGACAAAUUGACAGCAUUCAUCGGCAGGAUUAUCAGUGAGCAAUACAGUUCGUUGGGAUGGCAAAAAACUGGUGAUUGGAGUCACGAGAAUGCGGACGGCUGGAUGUCGUCCCUCAAAACGCACUUCAUUUUGAUGGCAUCAUGA